AUGGCGCAUCUCAAUGCUUAUGUAGUUACUUUCAACUGCGCUCGGCAAGCUAUCGAUGUACCAUAUUUCGCCGCCAGCCUCUUCAAAGAUAUCACAACCGAGCUUCCCCCCGACCUGAUAGUACUCUGCUUACAGGAAGUUGCGCCCAUUAGCUAUAGCUUCCUGGGCGGCUCAUUACUCGUUCCAUAUCUAGCACGUUUCGCUGUGGCGGUGAAAGAUGCCACAGCUCAUAAGUAUGGCGCGGACAGUGAGUAUGUGGAAGUUGCAGCACGAAACCUGGGGAUGACCGCGAUCAUGGUGUUUGCCCGCCGGCAAACCAAAGAGCGAAUCCACUGGACGCAGUAUGCUGGCACAGGCGUCGGUCUGUGGCGUAUGGGCAACAAGGGCGCUGUAGGGGCGCGUUUUGCUCUACGUAGCGCAGACGGUGGCGAAGAUUGCCUUCUCACCGUGAUAGCUGCGCAUCUUGCACCAAUGGAGGAGCGAUGGCGGAGAAGAAAUGAAGAUUGGCGGUCCAUCUGCGAAAGUCUUGUCUUUGAAGACCCUCUGCAUUCGCCGGUGCGUUCGUCGAAAUCGGACGACGACGCUCAGCCACUUCUGUCCGACGUCGACGACCCCAUCGGCCAGAAGAAAGACGGCGAUGCCGGUACUCUGUUCCGGCCAGAUACUCACGUGUUUUUUGCUGGGGACCUCAACUAUCGUACUGCUGACACGUCCCCGCCUACCUCCACUCAAUCUACACCAUGGCCGAAGCCUGUUGAAGAUACAGAGGAUGAGCAUCACUACUCGCAUCUUCUGCAGCAUGACCAACUUGGCCGUGAGCGCAAGGCGGGCCGCACCUUGCACAACCUCACAGAAGCAGCACCUAUCAAGUUUCCACCAACAUACAAAUAUAGCAAUGCGGCGCAACGAAAAGAAUGGCACUGGGCGCAGCACCGCAUGCCAUCGUGGUGUGAUCGCAUUCUCGUUCUGGAGGCUCUGCCACCGGACGUGCACUCUUAUGUUGCUCUCCCUGUGCAGCCAACAAGCGAUCAUAGACCUGUAGCAUUAUAUUGCACCAUCCCAGAUGAACAGGUUGACAGCAGGGUCGAGCCGCCGUUCAGCAUUCGACAAGACUGGAGAGAUCGCCGAGCAACUGCCAGGCGCCUGGAGAUAAUUGUAGGCUUGGGCGCAUACCUUACCAUGACCUGGGAGGGCCGUACGCUACUUGCAGGUACUAUUGCCGGCAUAGUCGGAGGCUGGCUUGUACUACGUGCCCUGCUAGGAACGUGA